UACUUUUUCAGAUGAAGAAAAGAGGAAAUCUUUCUAGGAGAGGGAGGAAAAAGCCGAGAAAUGCACAGAUCAGCUUGCAAAACAUUUUGGUAGCUGUUCUAGACUCUCUGGAUUUUCUGCUUUAUGGUUGUCAAAGUGCCAUUGGAACAGUAAAAAACCGACUAGGGCUAGGAAAAUUCAUUAUGCUUGUUGCCGCUCUAGUUGCACUCAUAUUGGGAAUAAUCGUGGUCAUAAUCAUCGUUACCAACAAGAGCGGAUCCCCACCUACAAUGCCAACGUCUACAACGUGGUCCGAAGGAACGACAACCAAUGCUUGGAGUACAUCUACUGGUGCGGAAACCGAGGAACCAGCAAGCGGGCUUCUCAAUCCGCACCAACAAGUAGAUCGGUCAGCCAACAGCGCUACAGCACCAGCAACGACCACUAUUGAACAACGGCAACCGCUGUUCCGCAUGCCUGCUGGUACUACUAUACAAUUUCUGUACAUACUACUAUUCAUUCUCGACGUUCCAUGA